UAGAAACCAAACGGGGAUCGUAAGCCGGCCGAUGUCACAACUCAUAGAGACCCCAUGAUUUUCAAGUUCGGCCACAGACUUAGUGCUUUUUCUGAAGGCGCUAAGAUCCUGUGGGGCAUGGGCAGUAAGUAAGGUACAGGGUUGUCGAGUAAGGACCAGACCCGAGGUUGAGUGCAGGCAGGGUGUGUCCGAGUGCCUUCAGAGCUCUUAGUCGUCAGUGCAGCGAAGGAAGAGGCGAGAGGCAUUUAGGGUUUGAAUAUUGCAAUUGCUGGGGUUUUUUCGAAGGUGAGAGUUCUCGCGAGACGAGUGAGAGGAGUGGGAGCGAAACAGGGGACGAAGCCAAAGAGCGCGAAAAUGGCAGAGACUGACGAUGGUGGGCAUCACAUGCAUGCGCUCACGGAAUACCGGAAGAAGCUUUUGUCGCACAAGGAGCUCGACUCGAAACUGAAAACCCUGCGUGAAAAUCAGAAGUCAGCAAAGAAGGAGUUUGACAAGACUGAAGAUGACCUGAAAGCUCUUCAAAGUGUUGGACAAAUUAUCGGCGAAGUGUUGAGACAACUCGACAAUGAGCGCUUAAUUGUGAAGGCAAGCAGUGGUCCCCGUUACGUCGUGGGAUGCCGUAACAAGGUCGACAAGGAGAAGUUGGCCGCCGGUACCAGAGUUGCGCUUGACAUGACUACUCUCACCAUAAUGCGUGCUCUUCCAAGAGAGGUCGAUCCUGUUGUAUAUAACAUGUUACACGAGGAUCCAGGAAACGUUAGUUAUUCUGCAGUAGGAGGGCUGAACGAGCAAAUUCGCGCCCUUCGUGAGUCAAUUGAACUACCGUUGAUGAACCCUGAACUUUUUGUCAGAGUUGGCAUCAAGCCUCCAAAGGGUGUACUUCUUUACGGGCCCCCUGGAACUGGGAAGACCCUACUUGCUCGGGCUAUUGCAAGUAACAUUGACGCCAAUUUUCUCAAGGUCGUAUCCAGUGCUAUUGUAGAUAAGUAUAUCGGUGAAAGUGCACGCCUCAUCAGGGAAAUGUUCGGUUACGCACGCGAUCAUCAACCUUGCAUUAUAUUUAUGGACGAAAUCGAUGCUAUUGGUGGGCGACGUUUCAGCGAAGGUACGAGUGCAGAUCGUGAGAUCCAAAGAACACUUAUGGAGCUGUUGAAUCAGUUAGAUGGUUUUGACCAGCUCGGAAAGGUCAAGAUGAUCAUGGCCACUAAUCGUCCAGAUGUUCUGGACCCAGCAUUGCUCCGACCUGGUCGGUUAGAUCGUAAAAUCGAGAUUCCUCUGCCAAACGAGCAGUCAAGGACUGAAAUUCUGAAGAUUCAUGCAUCUGGAAUUACGAAGAGUGGGGAAAUUGAUUACGAGGCAAUUGUGAAACUUGCCGAGGGAUUCAACGGUGCCGAUUUGCGAAAUGUCUGUACAGAAGCUGGCAUGUUUGCAAUUCGCAAUGAGCGAGACUAUGUUACUCAAGAAGACUUCAUGAAGGCUGUCCGGAAAUUGAAUGAUGCCAAGAAGUUGGAGUCGAGUGCUCAUUACAGUACAGAUUUCGCAAAGGAUUAAGAAGGUUGUAUCUUUUAGUUUGGGUUCAGAGCCCACAUUAAAUCCAUCAAUAAAGGCUGUAGAUAAAAAGUGUUUUCGUCACCCCUUCUACUGUUGUCAUAGUGCAAUCCAGUAGGGUUAUGUCGAAGGGUGCAAUCUCUUUCCUUCUCUUCGAUUGGCCGUGGCUUGAAGCUUGCGAUAGAUGAAAGAGAAGAACAAUUCAGUAUCAAAUUCUAUGGCACGAGAUGGUGGCAACAGUAAUGGCAAAGGGCUCUCUCUUGAAGAAGAUGAUGGAGAUGACUAAUCUGCAUGUAAAGGCUUCCACAACAACUCUCAUCUGAUACAAGUUUGAAGCCUCUGAUAUCCCAUUGGUUGGACUUGCAAACUAUGCAAGCCUUGACGUAGUUACUUUACCAAUUUUGUACACUCUUAGACUCCACUGUUCUCCAGCUCUUGAAAGCUGGAAAUGUGAAGGCAUGCCUUCAUUGUGUAUCAAAGUCGAUCAAGCUUGUCAGAAAUGUGCAUCUUUUCAAUUUUCUCUCAUAUGCCGAAUGGAGGUAGUGAGAAGCAUGAUGAUUUUUGAUCUUUCGUGGAAUGUUUAGAGUAAAGCUGACUGUGUGCCAACAGCGUUUUGCUCAUAAUAAAUCGCUCACUGGUCGGUAAGUUUAGUAUUUUGUUUGACAGGAUGAGAACGGUCUUUCGCGAAUCCAGCAGCUCAAAAGGGAGAUGCCUUCAGGAGCCAGAACAUGUUGUGUCAGCUAAGUUGUCGGUAAGUAUGAAGCUGCCUACCGUUUAUGUGUUACCGAAUGCAGAGGGCUCUUACCCCACUAAUUGCAUUUUGAACACACUAGUCUCUUGUUCGCUUACUUACAAAGUGCAAAGUGCCGGAGGGGGGUUUUUUUUUAAAGUAUGAAGCCACUUGUUUGCGUAGUUCUCUGAUGCAAGCAUUUUUAACUAAAUGCACUGUAUUUAGUGUUUACCCUUUUUCAUAGUAUUUACUGUAAUUCGUGGAUUUGAUGAGACGUCUUCAAAUAACCAGCCGGCGCACGUAGUUGUUACCAUGGGACCAACUGUUGGGGACCCUCGACAAUCUUAAGAGAAGAUUUGUCCAUUCGAUAUUUCCUGGUUUUCACCCGGAUGCCACGCAUCUCCUCGUCAGACUUGUGGUUCUAAUGGUGAUCUCUUUCCUUGCAUUUGUUACCUUAUUUUUGGUGCUGCUGGUGAAGAGUUUCAACCUUUUUGAUUGUUAUACUGAACAUCAUUUUUACUGGAGCUUCAACCUCGAUUCUAAUGACCUUCAAAGCGUAAUCCGGUUCAUUGUUGAACCCCUAUGCUUGUACUUGUUUUAUCUGAAUGAGGCGACGCCUGUAAUUUUACUUGAAUAACACGGCCGAUCGAGUUUCUCGCAUCGGGUGUCAUUUACACCUAAUCCUCCGUGUAGUGCUAGAACCUUUUCUUCUUUUGAGUGCACACGAAGUACUGCUCAAUCAGAAAUCUGGACAGUCUAGAAUUCAGACUUUUGUCAGUCGUCAGAUUAGUCGAGGUCCAGUGUGGUGGAAGAGGAUGUUAGUUUUAGCGCAUCAGCAUUACGAGGAUUGCUAUUAAAGUUUCUUAAUAGACUGAGGUCAGUUAGCUGCAGUAGAGCUUCCCGCAUGUAAACCCUAUGAACGGUGCCCCCUGACCAAUCAGCCGCAAUUGGGGUGGAGUGUGGACUUCUUAAUCUUAUACCUUCAGACAGAAGCUGUGUAGUCGCAUCUGCAA